AUGGCAUCCAAGAGCUCUGCAGUGGCGGACGAGCCCAUUGAGGUCUUGUUCGCCCUGCAACCCAACUUUGACCUUCUCGACAUGGCCGGCCCAUUGGAGGUCCUCGCCAAUGCCCUCCACGACAAGAAGGACAAGAACUCCAAGGCCUUCGAGGUUACCGUCGCCGCUGCUGAGCCCAAGGUCGUCUCCGACUCGGGCGUCACCAUUGGCACCCAGAUCCCCUUCAAGGAGGCCUACGAGCGCCUCAGCGACUUUGACGUUCUCGUCAUCGUCGGCGGCGAUAGCGACAAGAUCAUCAAGACUAACGCCGAACCUCUCCCCCUCAUCACUGCCUUCUCCGAGCUGCAGAAGAAGGACCCCACCCACGAGCGCACCCUUCUCUCCGUCUGCACCGGCUCUCUCCUCCUUGCCAAGCAGGGCAUCCUCGCCGGCCUCUCCGCCACCACCCACUCAGACUACAUCACCACCCUUGAAAUCCUCUGCAGCGAGGCUGCCACCCGCAACCUGACCGAGAGAACCGACGUCAUCGAGGAUGCCCGAUACGUCGUCAACAACCUCCGAUUCGACCUCGGCGACGAGGACGAGAACCCGUAUGUCCGUCGCACAUCCGACGCCGGCCGCCGACCAUCCAACGCCAGAAAGGGCAGUAUGUCCUUCAAGAGCUCCGGCCGCCGCGAGUCCAUCACUCGCCGCGCCGCGAUGCGCCUCGGUGGUCUCCGUGUCAUCACGGCUGCUGGAGUCAGCGCUGGCGUGGAUGCGGCCCUGUAUCUUGUCAGCGCUCUCGUCUCCGACGAGUCGGCCGAGGAGGCUGCUCGUUACUUGCAUUGGACCUGGAACAAGGGCGUCGUCGUCGACGGACUCGACGUCUAA